AUGCUUAUCGACUACGAGACUGCAUUCCUCAAGCGUCCCAACCCACUUGAGGAAAUGAUACCAGUGCCCACCACAUUAUCCGAGAAAAUCUUCAUAAUGUUGAGAGCCCUCCUCAAGCGGCUUCUCACCAAAGCGAGGAAGAUGUCAAGCCCUCUCCCCGCAGGAUCUGAAUCACCCAACCACAGAGAGACGACCAUGCAGAUGGAAUGUGCCGUUUCGAACGAGAUAGUCAAACAAAAGGCCAAAAGCAACACUACGCCGGGCUUCUACACUACAACACAUGCCUUGGAGAGUUGGAGGCAUCCAUUCAAACAAACUGUGCCACUCCAAAAGAGACAACAAGAUCAAUAUACACCAUUCAAACCAAAUGUGCCUCUCCGUGAGAAACAUCAAGAUCAACGAGAAUGGCGCCAAAACUCGCAGCAAAGGACACAACCUACAAACACAUUGUCCCACUUCACAUCAGACUCCCAGACCUCUACCAACAACCACGUCGGAAGAAGUAUCGAAAACAAAAUCUCCCUCUUCAAAUAA